AUGUCUCGUCGAGACUCUGAUUCCAAGCGUCGCCACUCCAAGUUCGAUCGAGAAUCAAGUCCCAAGAGAUAUAGAAGGGAUGGUAAACAAGAAAGAGAAAGGGACAGGAAUAGAGUAACCUAUGAUGGAGGAGAUCAGAGAAACCCACCGCUACCACAUCAUUCUAAGCGAGAACAUUUUGAUGCUGCUGCUCCUCCCAAAAAAUCAAAUUCAAAUGAUCAUCAUGAGAAGCCAUCCAAACAUUCGUCUCAACUAUCAAGAUCUCGCUCUCAUUACCAGCAUGAAGAACGGGGAAGUACUGGGCAGGUUGGUCGAAGCAAUGGACAAAGGGAAGCUGGUGGAAAGGUCUUAACUCAGAGUAAAGACAAUAAUGAAAGGGUGGAGACAGGUCAGAGUAGAGAGGAAACAAAUGAUAAAUCACAGGUGAAACUGGAUGAUAAUUUACAAAAAAGAGAUGGUUUUGUCGAAAGAAAAGAUGAUCCACCCCCUACAAUGAGGAAACGACGAGCAUUUAGGGAGAAGAAGAUUCCUGCAGACUCAGCUGAUGCUGAUCCAGCUUCAACGGUAGUAGUAAAGUCAAGCCAUACUGACCAUUUUCUGGAAAGGAAUGAAAGGAAGGAGGAAAGAAGCAGCAAUCCUCAUCAUCUGGAUAGACCUGAGAAGCAAAUUACAGAGGACAGAGCACUCAAUAAGAGUGAAGCAAGGAGGGAUAGCUUUGCAUCAAAAGCAAGGUAUGGGGGAAGUGGAGGCGACAGUAAUUAUCGGGGAAGAGAUAAAUUUAACGGAAGACUAGUUUAUCGUCCUGUUAAGUCACGAGUAGAGAAGUGGAAACAUGAUUUGUAUCAAGAGGUUAACAAGGAUCCUGUUCCAAAGAAUGAAGAUGAUCAGAUUGCUAAGUUAGAAGCACUCUUGGCUUCGUAA